AAUGACGUUCAACCCAAAGGAGACUAUCCUUCCUCUCAAGGCUACUAUUUCCUCGGCCUUUACGUCGAAGCCACGUGUCGCUAUUCUACGUGAAGAGGGUGUCAAUGGUCAAGCCGAGAUGGCGUUCGCAUUCCAUAUGGCUGGCUUCUCGGCAAUUGAUGUGCACAUGACAGACAUCAUCUCGGAGCGGGUCAGCCUUGCGGGCUUCGUUGGUGUAGCCGCGUGUGGUGGGUUUUCAUAUGGCGACGUUCUUGGUGCUGGUCAAGGGUGGGCAAAAUCUGUUCUCCUGCAUCCCAAGACAAGAACAGAGUUUGAAAGGUUCUUUGGUCGGCCCGACACCUUUGCUCUCGGUGUAUGCAACGGCUGCCAGUUCUUGUCCAAAUUAAAAGAACUCAUUCCUGGGGCCGAGAUGUGGCCAUCAUUCGAGCGCAACGCAAGCGAACAGUAUGAAGCUCGUGUCUGCAUGGUAGAAGUCAUGGACACAAAAGCUCCUGAUACACCGCCUUCAGUCUUCCUCCACGGCAUGGAUGGAUCGAAGCUCCCGAUCGUUACAGCCCACGGAGAGGGUCGCGCGCAUUUCCCUCCAGGUAUCACAGCCACGUCCUCCCCCGCUACAAUGUACAAUGAAGGCCUUGUAUCUAUGCGAUACGUGGAUAACUACGGGAACGCGACGGAAAAAUAUCCAUACAACCCGAACGGCAGCCCACAGGGUAUUACGGGUGUAAGAAGCAAAGACGGGAGGGUGUUGGCGCUCAUGCCACAUCCAGAGCGUACAAUCUUGCGCGAAGUGGCUAGCUACAUCCCGAAAGGUAAGAUGGAGGAGUGGGGUGAGGUGGGACCAUGGGGAAGGAUGUUCAGAAGCGCCAGGCGCUGGGUUGGAUAG